CUUGAAGAUAACCUGCACAAAGAAAACAAUAUCCAUCCCCCACGGACCGAAGUCGGAGGAACGAACAGCCCAAAUUCAAGCUAUCCCCGUUGAAGAACGUUGGUUUGCAAACCUGGUCGCUGAAUCUUCAGGCUCGUCUGUAGUCUCCCUUGACGACUCAGAUCAGGAAUCAGACACUUCGAAAACUGGUGCUGGUGAGACUGCAGACAUCUAUAUCCCAAUGCAGGUCGUCUUUCCGGUGGGUGAUAAUCCUCAGAUGGUUCCCAAGAAGUGUCCCCUUCCAGCUACUGCUGCCGCAUCUUCGUCUAGCUCUCGUCUGGUUCCCUCUGCUCAUGAACUGCUUGCCCUAGCUUCCCGGAAGAAAAGAGCCUCACCCAGAUUAGCUUCUACUCCCUUGAAGAUUCCUACUGUUGCUGCGCCCAGCGAGACCAAACCCAACAUUCCUCGGCCCCAUGAAGCUAAGGCUGCUCCGGGUUCCAAGUUACUGGAUGUAACUCUAUCACUGUCCUCUGACUUUUGUAGUCUGCAAGAUGUGUCUUUGAUGAGGAGUGAAGUGCACAAGCUCCUGCUACCUUCCUCUUUAGAUGUCUUCAAGUGUUUGCCCCCGGCUGGAGUAUCA